AUGUCGAACCAAAAUGAAUGUGUAAAUAAUUACGAAGCCUUAGUUUCAUACCCAAACCAUAACGAGGCCUUGACUUUGUUAAAAAGGAUUGCCUCCUCUGUUAAGCCAAUAAUGAAAAAGUAUGGGUGGCGUGUCGAAGUUUUGAAUGAGUUUUUUCCUGAAGAUCCAAAGUUACUUGGCCUAAAUGAAGAUUACGGCGCGAAGAUAUUUAUUCGACUACGGGUAGCACAUGAUGAUAGAAGAUUUUACGAAUUUGAUGAUUUAAUUGGGACCAUGUUGCACGAAUUGACGCAUAUUGUUCGCGGACCACACGACGCUGAAUUUUAUAAAAUACUAGAUAAUUUGAACAACGAGUACGAUGAACUGAUCAUGAAAAGUUACACUGGUGAAGGUUUCUUUAGCAUGGGUCGUCAAUUGGGAGGAGUUUUAGUUCAUGCCCCGAAUGUGCCAAUAGAAGUAGCGCGAAAAAGAACUCUGGAGGCAUGUGAAAACAGGCGAUUAAAGGAUCAAGUGAUGAUGAAAGGAGGUCAAAAGUUAGGCGGGGGUAAUCUUUGGAGUGGAUUGUCAUUGUGUGAGAAAGCUGCACUAGCUGCCGAAAGAAGAUUGAGGGAUAAUAUUUGGUGUGGGUAUGAGGGAAAUCAUGGUGAAGGGAGGAGUAGUGGAUCACGUAAAAACAAUAAAACACCUACUAUUACUUCUGCUCGAUCACCCGCUUCACCAUCAUUAUCAGACUCAACAGAAUGGACAUGUAUUUCUUGUACAUUGGUGAACAAACCUUUCGCCCUUCAAUGUGAAGUUUGUGAUGUCAAACGUCCCACAGAUGUCCCAAUUUCUGGCCUGGACGCUCAAAACAUAUCAUCAGUCGCUAAUACGAAUCAAAAUGUAGUAGCAAUAGAUAGACACUUUGAAAUACAUAAGUCUACUUGGGCCUGUAAACGAUGUACUUUUGAAAAUGCCCGUGAUGUGAUUAUGUGUUUGGGGUGUGAUUAUCUGUUGGAAGAUAAGAUAUCGUGA